AUGGGGAAUACUUCAGACAGAGAUGCCUUGCAAGUUCGUCUUGAUAAGGGACGCAAAUUCAUCGCUUUUAUGUUUAUGAUAAAGGAGCUCUCCUCCCAAAAGAUGGCGCUGAUUGCGUGGUUGGUGCUGGCAGUGGUGGUGUGUUCAGCGACAGCGCAGGACACUGCACCGGCUGAACCUUGUACCUGCGUCCCUUACUACCAGUGCGACCAAAACGGCACCAUCGUACAAAAUGGAGUCGGCCUCAUAGACAUCAGGAUAAAGGACGGCGAGUGCGAGCACUACCUUGACGUGUGCUGCAAGGAGCCGAAGGACGCGCAGCCCAAGGGGCCCGUGGUGGUGCGCCAGCCGGGGCUGUGCGGCCGGCGCAACGAGGAGGGCGUCAACAUGCGCAUCACGGGCGACAGCAACAACGAGGCGCAGUUCGGCGAGUUCCCCUGGAUGGCGGCCGUCCUGCGCGACGACUCCACCGCCGACGCCGAGACGCCCAAGACCAACUACAUCUGCGGCGGCUCCCUCAUCCACCCGAGCACCAACAACGAGCCGCUGCCGCUGCAGGACCGGCGCGUGGUGAAGGUGACGCUGCACCCGGACUUCCGCGACGACGUCCUCUACAACGACGUGGCGCUGCUCACGCUGGAGAAGCCCGCCGAGCUGGCCGACCACGUGGACGUGGUGUGCGUGCCGCCGCAGGACUCGGGCUACGACGGCAGCCGCUGCUUCGCCUCCGGCUGGGGCAAGCACGUCUUCGGCAAGGAGGGCAACUACCAGGUGAUCCUGAAGAAGGUGCAGCUGCCCAUCGUGCCGCGCGCGGAGUGCAUCGACAAGCUGCGCGAGACGCGCCUGGGCAAGUUCUUCGUGCUGCACGAGAGCUUCCUGUGCGCGGGCGGCGCGGGCGAGGACACCUGCCAGGGUGACGGUGGCAGCCCGUUGGUGUGUCCCCUGAUCGAGGACCCGACGCGCUACCAGCAGGUGGGCAUUGUGGCCUGGGGCAUCGGCUGCGGGGGAAGCACCCCGGCCGUCUAUGCGAACGUGGCAAAGUUUCGCAACUGGAUCGACCAACAGUUCCUUUACGCGAACCUGAACGUCACGUACUCCGCCUGAAGCUUCGGCCGCCCCCGGCCUCCCUCUGAGGAGGACGAAAAAAGACAAUGGCCGACGACUGAGCGAGAUUCGUGCGUGCUAAUUAAAAUUGUGUGUUUUCGUCCGCGGUGUUCGAACUUUUUGUUUGCUUCGUCUUUUAUUUAAUCUAUUUUUUUGGCGUUGUGUGCACCUCAUACAUCGAAGCCUGCAAGAGAAAAUUUUGCAAUUUUGUUUUAAAAAAUAAUUUUCAAGAUGUUUUGUAAAGUUCGUAUAUAAAACAAAUUGUUUUACAUUUGUGUUGCUUUUAUUAAUCAACCCAUUGAAGUGUGUUAUUUAAUAUAAAACUGUAUGCAGUUUACAAUAAUUUCUAUAAUAAAAUGAAAACGUUGAUUUUCAUAAAAUAGAGAAAUCAAAAAGAGAAGUCUAGUAAAACUAAGUAAAUGUUUUAUACUAGCUUAGUGCGCCCCCCCCCUCAGCGCUAUUUUAAUGUUGAAUAUUGGUAUUUCUGCUAGGAAAGUUCGUAACAAAAAUAAUUAUUUUCUACAACUGAAUAAAUAAGCUGAUUCCAAGCAGUUAACCGCCCGUAAGAUAGGCCGUUUUAUAAUAUCCAUUAAAACAAGACUGCUGCCAAGACAACUAUAUUGUUACCGUUAUUAAACACCCUUUUUUUCAAUAUAAAGUUUUACGUUUUUCAAAUCUUUUAUAAAUUUGUAUAAAAAAUGCUGUUCGUGAACUAAGUAUUUUUUCUACGUACGGUCUCGGCAAAAUAAUUCAAUUUCGACAAUGAAAAAAAACGCCCACUUCCCAUAAUACAGUCGCUUGGCUCGUUUAUCCUAUGAAACAGUUAAAUGAAAACGAAUAAAUGUACUUUCCUAAACAAAAGAUUAAUGUUUUAUUAUAAUAUUAGGUUUAAAAAUUGUUAAUCUUAUGAAUUUUCUUCUAACAAUUCACAUUAUGCUCGAAAAGAAAUACAAAUAUUCAGUGUUUUGCCACUGAAGGUGCCUUGAAAUGUCAAGAAAUGUUGCCUUUUAUAGAUUUCAGAAUAUUUGAACUGUUCCGGAGAAAACAGUUGGUCUUAAUCAGAGUUAUUGGUCUCGGUAGCUGCCUUAAAACCCAUCAAAAAUGAAUUGUGGGUGCCUCCUACCCCUCCCCCUCAAAAACGUUUAUUCCAUAAUUAUCUUAGAACGUUAUGGAAAGAAAAAAGAAUGGUCAGUUCCACCACCAGGAGACAGAUGCGUCGAAUGACAAUUUGUUCCAAAUUUUGGAUGCUCUGUGAAUUAUGGUCGAACGGCCGUUUCUCCAUUACUUUAUAGAGAAUUCGAGAAUUUACAGAAAUUUAACUACGAAGAAAAAGAGAUCCUAGGAGAUUUUUCUUGCGAAUGUUGCAAGUGCUUAAAGAUCAUUCGUGAUUCCAUGAGUUCCAAUAGUGGUUCCAAUAAGCAAGAGCACACGUGGUUCCAACAAGAAUUGCAAUGCAUAUAAAACAAUAGCAUUGCCAUGACAUCAUAAUCCUGACCCCUCUUGUUUGCCUUAACCCAGUUCUGGUGUCUUGCUAAGCUCGGUAUGAGGAGCUGUGGGCGAGUAGCUCUAGUCUUUCGUGGGCAGGCGUUUUGAUGGCCUUGUAGACAACUGCAAUGCAACAUACAUUACAGAAACUGUCUUGGAAAUGCCACGAACCUAUGUGGUGGGAUCGUAUUAAUAUAGCAUUGGACAAUGAUACAUUUAAAAUAUAUUGUAAACGGGUGAGGUUUUAAAUUAUUUUUCAAUUCCGUAUUAGAAUUUACUUCCAAGUUAAACGCAUGUUUUACUAUUAAUAAAUAAUUUGAAGCUGC